AUGGAGAACAAUAACGGGAAUAUUCCGCCGGCGGCGGAAUCUUCCGACGUCAAUGGAGACAGUCAGGAGCAUGCGCUGCCAUUAUUGGAUUGCUUUGAUCUUCUUGAUAUUGCUGAGAGCUCCAAUGUUCGAAAUCCCUCAAUGCGCCUAAAUCAGCACUCCCAAGAACUCAAUAUGGGUUACCGUUUUAUCACUUUCCCGCCGCCGCAGCCGCGGAUCAACGCCGGAAAUCUGAUGAAUUCCGGCGCCGUGAAUUUCAGUUAUCCUCUUCGUCGAUUCUCCAAUGUAGGAGAGUCGUCGUCGUCGUCGUCGAUGAGAAUUCAAAACAGGUUGCCGAUGCAGUACCCUAAUUCUCGCGUCCAUGGCGGUUUGAAUUUUGGCGCACUUUCUGUAAACAAUAAUUUGAAUUCAUGGGGAGUUCUUCGUGAUGGUGUUGGUAGUAGCAAGAACAACAACACGAAUUUGAAUUUGGGGAAUUUAAUUUCAGCUAGAAGCUAUAAUUAUCAAGAAUUACUGAGUUCAAGAAAUCCCCAAAUUUAUGCAAAUCAGGGCAACAAUUAUCACAAUACAAACACAUUGACGUCGGUAUCAUCAUUGUCGCUGCAGACCUUAAAUCCGCAGCCAUGGCCGGAAAAGUUAGGAUCGGAGACGAUCUAUCUAAUGGCCAUGAAUUCUGAGCAGCGACUUCUCCUGGAGGAGAUUUUGGAGGAGGGAAAUCAUGCCAUCAUCGGAGCGAUCAUUAAAUCACUGAAGUAUCAUAUCCAUGAGUUAAUGGUACAUGAAGUCGGGAAUUCAGUUAUCCAAAAACUCUUUAAGGUUUGCAGUGAAGAACAGAUGUCGGAGUUACUUUGGCAGCUGCUUAAAUCCGAUUCGGAAUUCUUAAAUGUCUGUUCCGAUUUGUUUGGACUUGCGGUGGCCAUUGUUUUUUGUGUGAAUGCUGUUGGUCUCACAAACAAAUGUCAUACCUAUGAUGUUAUUGAGCACUUUCUGGAGAGCUUUAGCCAUGAAGAAUACAAGCUAUUCAUUGAGGCUGUGGCGAUAAAUUCAACAUAUGUUUGUACCAAUAAAAAUGGAUGCUCAGUGAUCCAAAAGAUAAUUCAUCAUGUUCAUGCAGUUAAUGAUUUAUCUUCUUGGAGACUUUUCACUUCGGCAAUAAUAUGCCAAGCAGUCCAAUUAGCUCAAGAUCAAUACGGAAAUUACGUUGUACAAUAUCUGGUGAAGAAGAAGAUACCUGAGAUUACACUAGCGAUAGUUACUGUAUUGUUGGGUAGCUUUGUGCUCCUUUCAAGCAAUAAAUUCGGGAGCAACGUUGUGGAGGAAUGUUUGAGAUCCAAAAAUCCUCCAUAUUUAAGUGAAGCUAUAAUCAAAGAGAUAAGCGAGUCUUCACAAUUUCUUUCUAUCAUCAAUGACCAAUUCGGAAACUAUGUUGCGCAAACCAUGCUUGAUGUUUCAAAGGGUAAAUCGAGAUACAAAGAACUUGUGAAAUAUGUGAAGAAUCAUUAUGUGUCGUUACAUAGUCAUAUCCAUGGCUCCAAAGUAUGGCAAAAGAUGAAGGAACUCGAGCGUGCCCGUCGCCUCAAGAACUAA